ACUAGCUUUAGCUUUUCAAUAAUUGAUGCCCUGCUAAGAUAAUCUUGUUUUGCUACCCCAAACUCUAAUUCUCAACAUUUGAAAUUAAUCAGAGAGAUUGAGAGAGCAAUUUCAUUACCAUACGAUUGAAUUCUGCAGCAAAUAUCUCUUUGUAAAGCCAUGGAAGGGGUGUCUUCAGCGGCCAUCGAAGUUCUUAUCCAAAACCUGAUCAACGUUUUUAAAGAUGAGUACUCUCUAUUUCGAGGUUUCGAAGAAGAUGCCCAACAGCUGCAGAGGACUUUGGAGACGAUUCAAGCCUACUUGAAUGAUGCUGAGAAGAAAUCCAUCACACAAGAUGCUGUCAAGAUCUGGUUGAGGGAGCUUGAAGCCGUGGCUUUCGAUGCUGACAAUGUCUUGGACGAAGUCAGCUAUCAUCUUCUCCACAAAAAAGUAAACAAGAUGAAAUCAUCAUCCAAGUAUAAGCUACUACUAUCACCCUUCUCAUCCUUUAAUGGCAUUUCACGUCGGCGUAAUAUGGCUCACAAAAUCAAACAAAUCAAUGCUAAUUUUGAGUCUAUAAAGAAAAGAGCAACAGAUCUUGGCAUUCAAAGCAUGGUUGUGAAUGCACCUGCUGCUGUUGUUGCUCAUACUUCCACUGAGACAGAUUCGUUCAGUCUUGAUCCAGUCUUUAUUGGAAGAGAUGAUGAUGUGCCUAAACUAGUUCACAUGCUUACCAACACCCACCCACGGGAAGAGAAACGGAGGUUCUCCAUUGUUGCUCUUGUGGGAAUGGGAGGUAUGGGGAAGACUACCUUGACUAGGAAUGUCUUUAAUCAUGAAAGUGUAAAGGCUCGAUUCGGAUCACUAAUUUGGGUUCAUGUUUCUCAAACUUUUGAUGCAAUUAGUCUUUUCAACAAAAUACUUUAUAAGGAGACUAAAAAGGCCAGUGAUGGAGUUGAGAGCAGAGAUGAUAUCCUAGAAAAGCUUCAAGAAGCUCUCAAGGGUAAAAAUUUUCUCCUUGUUCUUGAUGAUGUAUGGAAUGAUGAUGUUUCGAAAUGGGAAGACUUUAUUAACUCCAUACUUGGAGUUACUUCUACCAACGGAAAUGGCAUUAUCAUCACCACCAGAAGUGAAAAAGUUGCUUCUAUUGUUAAUCCAUUUCAUCUUCAUCAUUUGAAAGGCUUAUCAGAUGAAGAUUGCUGGUCCAUAAUCAAAGUCAAAACUUUUGAUGAAAAUGGUGAAGUUCCAUCGCGAUUUGAGAUGAUUGGAAGAAAGAUUGCCAAAAGAUGUCAGGGUAUGCCCUUAGCUGCCAAUGUAGUUGGGGGAGUGCUUCGCCGUAAGUCUGAAGAAGAGUGGCACUUCAUCAGUGAAAAUUGGUUUUCAGAUGCUAAAGGAGGUGAAAAUAUCUCAAAAAUAUUGAAAUUGAGCUAUGAUCACCUCUCUUCACCAUCGCUCAAGAAGUGUUUCACGUUUUGUUCGAUUUUCCCCAAAGGUCGGAAAAUCAAGAAGGAGGAGUUGAUUGAACUAUGGAUGGGAGAAGAGUUUCUUCAACCAAGCCGAAGAGAUUAUAUGGAGUUCGUGGGCAACAUGUUUUUUAAUGUGCUUCUACAGAACUCUUUGUUGCAAGUUGCAACGAAAGAUGAUUAUGGAAAUGUGGAAAGUUGUGUGAUGCAUGAUCUUGUGCAUGAUCUUGCAUCUUCUGUCAUAUCCAAUAAUGCAGAUGGCAGUAUUGUAGCUCGAUACAAGUUUUUUGAAGAAGAAUCAAGUCCUAUUCCAAAAGAUGUGGCCAAGCAUAUGCGUACAUUAUUCUUGAAAGGUGGAAUUCCCGGUACUAUAUUCUCAAACUUUGAAUGUCUGCAUAAUCUGACUCUUUCUGGUGAUUAUAAAGAGUUGCCCAAUUCAAUUAGGGAGUUGGUACAUUUGAGAAAUCUGAAUAUUUAUUGGACAGAAAUUGUAAACUUGCCGAAAUGGGUUGGUAAACUCCAUCACUUGCAAACAUUAAGAGCACACUGGGAGUUAGAGAAACUGCCAAGUACGUUGAAGUACAUGUUUAACUUAAGGCAUCUUCAUAUCGAUUCUAAUACAAAGUUGCCAGCAGAGAUUGGGAGAUUAACUAGUCUCCAAACACUACCUUACUUCACAGUAGGCAAAGAGAAGGGCUACCAAAUUGAAGAGCUUGGAAGUUUGAAGAAUCUCAAAGGAAAACUAGUAAUUCGUAAUCUGGAGGAGGUGCGUGAUAAGGAAGAGGCUCUGAAAGCAGAUAUAUUUCAGAAACCAAACUUAUUUGAUUUGGCGUAUACGUGGAGUGAUGGUAGAGAAGAUGGAACAAAUGAUGAGAGUGUGUUGGAAGGCCUCCAACCUCAUGCAAAUCUGAAGAAGUUGAUGAUUUCAGGAUUCAAAGGCAAAAGACUUCCAACAUGGGCAGAGAAGAUGGAAGUACGUGAUGGGCCUCACGGAUCUUGGGUACCACAAGACAACUUGAUUGAAAUAACACUCUUUGGGUGCUCAGAAAUUGAGGAAAUUCCAAAGCUGGAGCACUUGCCUAAUCUCAAGACUCUUUGGUUGAAAGGAUUGAAUAAGGUGAGGUAUAUAAAUACUUCAUUCAAUCAUUUAACGUCACUCCGAUUAGAAAAGUUAGAUAGAUUGGAAUGUGUGGCAGAAUGGUUAUUCUUUAAGAAUCAGGAUCUCAAAUAUUUGAGAUUAUCAGGAUGUCCUUUGUUGAGGGAAUUACCAGAUGGCGUUGACACCCUCAAUUCUCUGGAGUAUUUAUCAAUUUGGAAUUGUGAGAAUCUGAAGUCGAUUGGGAAUCCAAGUUGCGGAGCAAGACAAUCACAGGGGAUCUUCCAUUGGCUGAACAUUGUAGACUGCGGAGAGCUGAUGGAAUUGCCGUGUCAAAUGCUAGAGUGGUGGGCCCCUACAAUUUCGUGUCUUGAAUUGAGAGGAUUAAGGAGGCUAAAGAAUCUACCAAGGCUAAUUGACUGCCUCGCUAAAUCAUCUACUCGUCUCAGUAUAUUAAAAAUCGUAGGUGUUCCUAAAUUGAUGGCUGCUAGUACUGGUAGUGUUGAGAGUUGGGAUCUUAGCAGCUUGAAAGUAUUAUAUAUAGAUGUGAGUGUGGAGUGGUCAAGAGAGGAUAGUGUUGGCAUUGCAGAGACUGUGGAAGGAAUGUUGCAGAGAUGCUGCAACUCACUUACUCGCUUACAAUUGAAGGGGGUGGAAAAUUGGGAGUGGCUGCCCCAAUCCAUUCAAAAUCUCACUCUUCUUUGGAGCUUAGAGUUGGGGAAUAUAGGAGUAGAAGAAUUGGCCCAAUGGUUGGGCAACCUCUCAUCUCUGACAGAGUUACAUCUACAGAAUUGCAACAAGUUGAAGCGUCUGCCCUCUAUGGAUGCAUUGAAGCACCUCAUCAUUAAUGAUUGCCCAGAACUACAUAUUGAUUCGGAGUGGCGCAACCACCAUCCGCAUCUCAAAAUCAUCAAGGUUUGAAUGUUUGUUGCAAGUACAGUUUGUGCGAACUCAUGACUUCAGUAAGACAGAUGGGGUCGUCGUCAUCGUCUUCUUCGGUGUCCCGGUUACCAACGUGCUAAGGAAUUGAGGUCUGAAAUCUUCUAAAUGUUAAUGUUACCCAGCUCUGCUGGUUUGUGUUGUGCACCCUUUUCUUCAUUGUUUUCUUUCAUAAAUUUAUGGUUGAAUAUUUUUUUACUUUGAUUUAUGGAUCCAUUGGAGUACUUACUAUCAAAUUAAUAUGCAAUUGUAGUACUUUAAAUUCCUCUCGGAAUGACUUGAUAUUUGCAUAAUAGGCUGAGGAAUCGAAAACAUGACUACAUUGGAGGAGUAAAGUGCAUGAUGAUAUUUACACCUUUUUCUUCAUUGUUUUCUUUCAUAAAACUUUGAAAAUAUAGAGAAUCGUGGAAAAAUUCUUUUUUUGGUAAAGUAUGUUAAUUGAAUUCCAUUUUAAUGAAGAAGAUUAGAUUUAUUUCGAAUGGGGGAGUGACGCACAAGGGUUAUGCGUCGUUAUUAAUGAAACGCACAACCCUUAUGCGUCUUUGGUUAAUGACGCACAAGGGUUAUGCGUCGUUCAACGACGCAUAAGGGUUAUGCGUCUUACCCUAAUGACGUAUAACCCCUGUGCGUCACACUGCUUAGUAUUCCUGCCUGUCAUGCGGAUGACCCGGGUUCGAUCCCUGGCAACAGCGCAUUUUUUUAAGUGAUUAGUAUUUGAUAAAAAUGAGUUAUUCUAAUAUUUAAUAGUUGAAUGUCCUAAUUAGAUUCUACAAUUAAAGUAACACGUUUUGAGCUUCGAGUGUGCAUUAUCCUCCGUCCCAACUUUUAACACCCCAACCUCCUUCUUCUCAAUCCGAUCUCUGAUGUAGUGAAAUGUUUACUUCUUUCGUGAAAAAUCUGGUGCUUUGCCAAGCAUAUGUCACUGCUACUAUCGCACAACACUCUCACUUACUGGCUUAAAGUUGAAGGGGGUGGAAAAUAGGGAGUGGCUGCCCCAAUCCAUUCAAAAUCUCACUGCUCUUUUGUGGUUAAGGUUAGAGGAUAUAGGAGUAGAAGAAUUGCCCCAAUGGUUGGGGAAUCUCUCAUCUCUAAGAUAUUAUUUCUACGGAAUUGCAACAAGUUGAAGCGUCUGCCCUCUAUGGAUGCCUUGAAGGAACUCGAUGUUAAUGAUUGCCCAGAACUACGUAUUGAUUCGGAGUGGCGCAACCACCAUCGCCAUCUGGAAAUCAGGGUUGAUGGCCAACCCGUUUAAAUGUUGUUGCAAAUCGCCUGCGGUUGGUUUUGCAUGUAUUUCCAAAACUACCAAAUUGUCGCAGCCACCAUCCCCAUCUGAAAAUCAAGGUUGAUGACCAACCCGUUUAAAUGUUGUUGCAAUUCCAGCCGACGAGCUUAAAAAGUCACGGCCUCGGAAUAACUUGAUAUUGAUAGAAAUCCAUGGGUUACAUCCUAAAACCAAUUGGUGAUAGGAGGAGGGGCCCAUGAGACUUAUAUACUAGUUUCAGUUUUCUCUUGACACCGAUGUGAGACAAUUAUAUAUUAUAUUUUAGUUUCAAUUGCCAAGUUAUAUGUUAUAUUUUUAGUUUCAAUUGCCAACAGAUAUUCCCAUAGGACUUGUGAAACAGGCAAAGAAAUCAAACAUAGGAUUCCGUUGGAGGUUGAGAUUGAAGCUAAGAACAGGGUUCGGACAGAGUCAGAAAAGAAGAUUGAAGUCGUAGGAUUUCUCCAUAGACUACUUUUACGUAGUACCAACUCCAUAACGUGCCAUGAUGGUCUUCGCAUCAAACACUCCAUGAUCUCAAUGGCUUUGUAUUAUUGGUUGGUUUUUAUGUUGUUCCAAUCCCACAUGAAUCUAGACGAAUUUUAUGGACAAACUCUAAUUCAUCUUCGUUAUUCAUUA